AUGGACCUUUCGUCUGUUCAUCCCUCCGCGGCUGUAACCUCUUCAGACGUUGUCCACUCUGUGCAACAGCAACAUCUUCAUCAUCUCUCACAGCCACAACCACAACAUCCAAUACAACAUCACCAUCCACCAACAAUCCUUCAAAGCUCUCAUCCAAGUCCUACAAAUACUCAGUGUCUACCUUCACCCAUAGGCUCUAAUCUAUACAAUUCUCAACAACAGCAACAGCAACAACAACAACAGGCUCAGUUGCAAUCUCAAAAUCAACUUUCUCAAGCUACUUUUAACCAACAAUCUUCUUCUCAAAGUCAGCAACACCAGCAACACCAGCAACAACAACAACCUACUCAGUUCUACUCAAAUUAUUCUGCUACAUCCCAAGCAAACCAACAACAUCUACCUCAAUUGACUCUUGGAAAUGCCUUUUCCUUUCAAAUAAAACAAUCAGAAUCUCAAGGGUCGCCUCAGAGACCUUCAGUCAGCCCUUACCAACAACAACAACAGCCACAACCACAUGAUUUACUUACCGAAUGUCGAACUCUUCUUCAAAAUCUUAACCAACGUGAUAUGAAUCUUCAUGACCAGCUGGCCCAAGUCAUUGCUAAUCUAACAAACUCAAUCAAUUCCCAACAACCAAACCAAACAACAGCCCAUAUUAGUAACGUACUUAAAACCCAACAAGCAGAUGUCCAACUGCUCAAAAAACAAAACGAUAAAACGGCCAGGGCCUUGGCACUUCUUGACAAUCGUGUCCAAACUCUUCUCAGAAUUCAAUAUGAGCAUUCAAAAGCAACAGCAACAUUAGCAAAGGAACUCGGUGCUGCAACUGCUGCUGUGGUUUCUAUAACUAAUACAAAUCAAUCAAAUACUAAUACUACUACUAAUAAUAAUCCCCUUGCAUCUUCAUCAAACUCUCUAAAUAUCAACGCCUUAUCUGAAUCCAUUGCUGGCCAUUUAGGAAACCUGGUUAACUCAACCAUUAGUCUUAAUGAAGAAUUUGCUACUGACUAUCCAUCCGACCUGGAGUCCGAUGUUAAUAAUAAUAAUAAUAGUAAUAGUAAUAAUAACGAUAAUGAUAAUAUUAAUAAUAAUAAUAAUAACGAUAAUGAUAAUAUUAAUAAUAAUAAUAAUAAUAAUAAUAAUAAUAAUAAUAAUAAUAAUAAUAAUAAUCUUCAUCAUAGUAAGAAACUUCAUAAAGACCGUCUGAGUAUCAGUAGUACCAUUAGCAACAUUGGUAACACAAGCAGCAAUAAUACAAACAGUAGUAGCAGUAGCAGCAUUAGUAACAACAACAACAUCAAUAAAAAUAACCACCCAGUUAGUCACCUUACAAAUGAUCAUGGAAUUGGCCCUCCGCAACUCUCUUUAGGUCUUUCUUUAAAUACAGACUCUACUGAUCUCGGGCUUGGCCUCUCGGGGAAUAACAGCUCCCCCGUGGCUGCAAACUCCGCGGGGUCUACUCGCUCAAGCUUUAGCCAUCAUAGAAGGCAAAGCUCAUUACAACAACAGAUUGCCCAACAUAGAUCAUCCAUCGAUCACUCUCAUCAAGGCUCACUAAAUAUUUUAAGUACACCCAAUCAUCAUCACCAUCAUCAUUCGUUAUUUGAUACCCGGGAAAUAAGUGGGGGCCUGUUGCGUGACGAAAGAGGGGGUGAGGUCAAGAGCGGGGCUGCUGCAACAUCCUCAACAACUACAACUACUACUACAACUGCAACUACAACAUCAUCGUCAAUAACAUCAACAUCUUCAUCAUCAAAUCCUCGAAAUUCAACAGCAACAACAUCUCCAAUUGCUGGAGCUCCUGCUAAUGCUUCUACUAACGUGGCAACUAUACUAAAUGGAAAUGAGUUGGGCACACCUCAAAGUAAUACAAACUUGUACCAGCAACAGCAUGUUUCUCCUCAAGGAGUACCUACUCAAGGUACUGGUACUUCAACUUCCAGCGCAUCACAACAACAACACCCCACUCAUCCAGACUCUCAAACUAUUGAACAGCAAUUUGUACAGCAUCUGAACCGAGCUGCUGCUGCUGCUGCUGCCGUCGCCGCUGUUGCUGCCGCUACUGCAACUUCUUCAACAGAUGUGUCAACAGGUACUACAACAAAUUCAACCAACAACCCUAGAGCUGGUGGAAGAGGAGUAGGAGUAGGAGUAGGAGGAGAUGAAGCAGAUACAGAUAUGGCUCUAGAUGAACAUGACCUCAUGUCGCACUUUACAAACCCUUUCAAUAGACAUGCUACGGACCAUCAACAUAACCCUCAAUCUGGCUCAACCUCGGUGGUCUCUUCGUCUUCUGGAGCUAGCCAUUUGAGUCAUGACCCCCACGGGACAUUUGCUCAAUAUGGAAUUUCUACUAUUCAACAGCAGCAACAACAAUCACAAUCACAACAACAACAUCCAUCAUUAUCACCCCAAGUUAGUACCAAUGGCAAUUCAACAUUGGAAUCCUCGGUCAGUGGUGGUAGUGCUGCAGCCGUAGGUGGUAACGGUGCAGGCAACGGAGCAUCUUCGGCUACAUCUAACUCGCUGGCGAGUAACAGUGGCAGUAAUAACAACCAAAGUAACAACAAUAACAAUAACAACAACAACACAAGUAGCAACAACAACAACACAAGUAGCAACAACAACAACACAAGUAGCAACAACAACAACAACAACAACAACAGAAGUUUAAGGGGGUCCGUGUCAGGACCCGGACAACAUUUUCAUGGGCUUCCCCACAUUGCUCCCUCGAGCCUCACUCAGCAUCAUCUAACUACAGGCCACGAAGAAUCUUCACCUCAACAAAUUAAAAAUGAAGCCAACCAACCCCAGAUUAGUGGCAGUAAUGGGUUUGCCCGAAGCAAUCGUAAUUCAGUAGUUGGGAAUUCUGUGAAUGUUGGUAGAGGACGAAGUAACAGUACAAACAGUACAACCACCAGUGGGGGGCGGUCUGUGGGCAGCAAUAAUACAGGUGAUAUGUUGUGUCUAUCACAACUGGUCAAUGGGUCAGCUGCUUCUUCGGGGUCUUCUUCUUCUUCUUCGGCUUCUUCUGCUAUUGGAGAUGAAAAUUCCUUGGGAAAAGAGUCGGAGAAAAUUGCAAGUCUUAAUGAAAAUGAAAAGGGACAGAUUGAAAAUGAAUCUAAAGACAAAAUUUUGGGGCAAUUGGGGCAACAACAUACAAGAGGAACUACAAGGAAAGAGCGGGGGUCUGGACAACCAGCAAAACGUGGGCGACGAGGGAGGCCUCCUGGAAGAUUAAACAAUAGUUCCAUUGCAGCUGCAGCUGCAGCUGCAGCCGCGGCGGCGGCCGCAGCUUCGGCGGCUGCAAACACGGCAGUAGUCCCUACAACCACAGGAAAUGGUUCAACGUCAUCCUCAUCAUCUUCUGUUUCAGGGUCCUCUGGCCUCAAUAAUCCUGAGGUCUUGGGGCUACAUCACGGUCUUCAUCCAUCACUCGACUCGAAUGAUGUGACUGCGGCGAGUCUGGUGGGCAGCAUAAAUGCCGGGAUGCUUGAUCUUGAGACUCUUGCCAACUCUGGGUUAACGGAUGGAGAAGAUUCGGAUGACGCGACUUCGCGUGGGCUCUCUAAUGCGGGACAUGGCAAUGGUCUGGAUCUUGGUGUCGGGAUUCUAGGUGAAACCAUGGAUACAACUCACAACCAAGCAGCAGCGCUUCUUUUGCGACGGCGCGAUGCCAAAGAUUCAGCGCACGCACGUAACGUGGCUCGAGGUAGGGCUGCUCACCCGCAUGCCAAAUACUACGAACUGCGGAUCGAGGAAAUCAAGACUCUCAAAUCGUUCAAAGAAGCGUACAUUGAGUUUACCCAGGGGAUCCGUGGGAACCCAUCUAUCCGCGAACAAGAAGCGUAUCUUCGCACAACUUUUGGGACUCACUACUUUAUCCAACUCAAGCAAGCGCGAUCGUUUCGUAGAAGGAAAACAUUAAUCACGUUGAUUGAUAAGGUCAGAUUACACCAUCAAUGCUCUCUUGACGAAGCUUGUGCGAGGUUGGAAAACUUUAGACAACACUCCAAUAAGACCAUAUCAUGGGUCUGCAACCAUCUUCCUCCAGCCAACGAGCUGUAA